AUGGAUAAAAGAAGACUGACAAACACUCCAAUUCCGAUUCCUCCACCAACAUUUCCCCCAGACUUUGCAUUGACAGAUUCUGACCUAGAUUGCAGCGAUGAGGAUGAUUUCGAUCUUUUGAUUGGCUUUGAUCCUGAAAAGGCGAUGAGGGGACUAUAUGAAAUGCAGAAUAGCAUCAUUCUGCCAAUAUCCAUAGAGCAGCAAAGAGACAUGUUUAUUGAAGUCGGCAUUAAUUUGAGUGUUGAGAAUCCAUGGAAACAAAUCAGUAAACAAUUCCUAGAAGAUCAUUUGUCGACAGACACCUAUGAAAUGUCGGUUCUAAAGGAUAGAUUAAAAGAAAUUGAUGAUGAUCCAUUGCUCCUUAUUGGAUAUGUCCCACACUUAUCUGAUGAAACUAAAGAUUAUUUCAUAAUUUAUCUUGAUGAAGCAACAUGUACAGAAGUUGGUGAGAAUAUCAAGCGACUUGAAGCAUGCGAACGACGUAAAAUCAUGAAGUCAAUUGAGAAAUAUCCUCGACCAUAUAAAUCUAUGGGAAGUGAGAAAACUGUCGAUUCCUAUGUGAAUGUAAAGCGAGGAAACACUAUCGAUGUUGAACUACAGAGUGUCUAUCCAAUGCGCUACUCACAUGUAAGCUUUCAGUACCGAUUUUCUGAUGAUGUUCGUGAUGGCUAUGUUGAACUUUUGCCUGACAAAAAAGUACAUUUUGAUAAUGUCUACAAGAAGAUGGUCGAUAGAUCAGUGCAAUCAGCAUCAAGGAUGAUAACUGAGGAACAACAGACAGAUCCUACAUUUCCUACAAAUGCCUGGUCACAGUAUCUUUAUGAAUUAGAAGAAGUUAAGCCUGAAGAUACAGAAACAAUUGUAAGUGAAGAAAAAAAGGAAGAAGAUGACAUGCCAUUAAUGCUGCGUAGAAAAAAGAGUAAGGAAGAAGUGCCAGUUGAAGAAAUUAAGCCAGAAGAGCCAGUUGUAUCCAAGCAAGUCGAAGAUUUAAUUCAAAUUUUAGAAUUUAAUCAAAUUGACAUGUACAGGAAUGAUUACAAGUUUAUAGGCAAGAAUGAGAUAGCAAAGUAUCAGACACCAUAUUUGGAAGAAGUUUGUUGCUUUGCAGACAUAUCAAAAUGUAAAGGACGUCAUAUAAUCUCAAUGGAUUGGCAUCCUGAAUUGAGUGGAAUUUGUGUGACUGCUUAUGGAUUUAAUCUAAAGUCUAAAAUCAUAGAAGACUCAAAUGAUGUAGAUACAGUCAAGCAAACAAUCAUUGAAGGCAAUCCAAAUUUAGUAUGGAGCUUCGAUGAUCCACUUUUUCCGAAAUUACAACUGGAAUCGCUUCGAGAAAUUUCAUGCAUUUCAUUCUGUCCAUAUGAUGGCAAUAUUAUUGUUGGCGGAACCAUAAAUGGACAGAUUAUAAUUUGGGAUAUAAAAAAUCGGCUGGAAAGAAGUGAGGAAGAUUCAGUUUUGACUCCAACACAGCAUAAGCACAGAAAUGAAAUUGGUGAAUAUCUAAAAUGGACAAAAAUUGAUGCUUCAAAUAACAUCGUACAGCAUGCUGCGAUCAGUUCCAUUGAUAAAUCUCAUCAAGAUACUGUAACAAGUAUCAAGUGGCUGCCAAGAAAUUAUAAAUGUGAUUCAAAUGGAGCAAUUAAGGAAGAUCGAAAUCGUAAAACUUUAUAUCGUCACUUUGUGACUACUUCUAUGGACGGAAAAAUAUUCUUUUGGGAUUUAGACUGGCAACCUGAUGAAAAAGCUAAACUUGCACAACGUGAUCAAAAAUUUGUAUUGCCUGAUGAAUUGAAGGAAGAAUCGUCACCAUUUAAAAGCAUCGAUAAAAUUUUUACACCUCAUUACUUCUUAGUUCCACCAAAUUCCAACUGCUCGUCCAUAAUUACAUUUACAUUUAAUGAGGGUGAAUAUCAGUAUGAAGCAAUGAAUAAGCAGAACAAGCUUGAUUUAUCAUCACGUGUUAGAUAUCGAGUAGAUCCAAUUAUUAAGCACAUGUUCAAUCCAAAAAUGGUUGUUGGAAGUAAUGUUGGUGAACUAUCAUUAUGUUUUUGGGAAGGAAAUGACUUUUCACAAGGAGCUCCAAUUGAUCAAAAAAGUAUGAAUCAAGAGCCCUUUGCAGAUGUACAUGACGGUCCAAUAAUUUCAGUGGAAAGGAACAAAUUCAUGACUGACUCAUUUAUAUCUAUUGGUGGAUAUAUCUUUGCUUUUUGGAAUGAUGAGUAUAAGGAUGGUCCAAUAUUUUGGAGACGACGUGAAAGUAACAUAACUGAUGUCCAAUGGAGCCUUGAUAGACCUUCCGUUUUCUUCUUAACAUUUGAGGAUGGCACUUUGGAAAUAUGGGAUCUACAUAGUCGUAUAGAUGUACCAUCACUGUCUGAAUCACUUGGUGGAUAUAUCCUUACUAAAAUAUCUCAGCAUAAGCUGCCAUUACCACGCUAUCGAGUUCUAGCUGUUGCUGAUCAUAAUUCUAAUUUACGAAUUUUCAAGGUCCCAACAGCAUUUACUGCUUACAUAAGUAACGAGAAGGAAUGGUUUAUCAACUUUAUAAAAGAUGAAGUUCAGAGGAAGGUUGAUCAAGAUAAAUGGAAAGUGGAUUGGUUUGAAUCUAAUAAAGACAUUGUUGAUGCCAAAAAAGAUGUUGAACAGCAAAUGACUGAUGACACUGAACGGAAGGAAAAAGCACGAAAAGAGAUUGAAGAUAAACGAGCACAAUUGGCUGAGGCUGAAGCAAGAAAACAAGCAAAGAAGAAUGCUCGAAAACAGACAUACGAUUUACCGGAACGUCUACAAAAGAAAUGGAAGGAACAGAAUUACAAGCGUCUCUUAAAAGUCAUUAUGGAACGUAAAAAAGUCGAUCGAGAAUUGCUGGAAAAGCAAACAAAGAUUUUAAAAGAUCGAAUUCGGUAUGAUGAGGAAAAGAAAGUAGCUAUAAAGCAGAGUGUAUCAAGAAUUGAGGAAGAUUUGUCAACAAUUCGAAGUAGAUUGAUUCCAGUUGAAGAAUAUAAGUCAUCACGUGCUGAGUUGGUCAGCGAGAAUGUAGACAUUAUGUAUUCAAGACAGCUGAAUUUUAAAAUGAUUGAAACUGAUGCUUUAAACAGCAUGAAAGAUCAACCAGAGCUUAAACCAAUGAAUAUGUCGGAUAUACUGAGACGUUGUCAAUCAAAUCGCAACAUUAUCAGUCAAAGUCUUGGGGGAUAUAAUAAUUCAAAGUUUGCCAGAUUCAAAAGUGAGCGUCAACAGUCUCAUAGCAGAUAUAGCAGCACCAGUCAAGUCAAUGAGCAGCAGAGAACUUAA